AUGAACUUGUUCAAGCUGACGGCCGGGCUACUAGCGCUCCCUGAUACCCUGGGAGACGGCGAGGACGUGUUCGCCGGGGUGUUCACCGAGCUACAGACUAGCCCUGAUGAUGACCUCGUGUUGGGGACGCUGUCGUAUAUCAUUUCCAAGCUGAUUCGCCUCAAUGCUAACUUCCUCCAGCAAGACGACGCUGGAUCAGUCCAGGAAAUCGUAUACCCCAAGCUCGGCAACUUGGCCGCUAUUGGCCGCAUGCUCCUGGACAGGGAAGGCGCCAAGAACGUGCAAUACGGCAUUGUCCUCGCACCGAGAAGGAACGACCUCGCGAGCAUGACCCCGAGGAUCUACAAGACCGCCGCCGAGGCCUGGGCCGCCAGCGAGGCUCUGGGAGGCCAGAACGCUAUCGCGUGCGUCUCGACCAACCCGGUGGUCAUAUACGAGUCGGAGACGGACAAGGGGGCUUGGUCCUAG